UAUUCCCGAUCUUUUUCGAAUACGUUUAAUCUUGAUCGUGAAAAUUAAGCAGCACAAGAGUUAAAGAGGAAACAAUAGAUACGUCCGGAAACCGCGAGAACGAUCUCUAGGCUCGUGCGAAGAAUACGCCGUGAUUGGAUGCGACGGGGAGAGCGAAAUUCGACGAGAGAAUACAGAUGAGGCGGGGGUGAGUCGAGAGGGCGAGGUACAGAGAGAAAGACCAGCGGCUGGAAGUAGGUACUUCGAGAUAUCGACCAGCAACCUGGUUCGCUCGGAGUCUGUGCUACCCGACGCUGUUUCCACUUCUGGCCGCUUUUCUCCUUCAAAAGUGGAGAGAAAAAAGGCCAUGCUGGGACACCGCUUGGUUCUUUCCCAUCGCUGCGACAACUUGCAGAAACUUUUCGUCCCUCGGGCUGUUCAUGCAGCGUAUCGCUAGCCGCCUCGCGCGUUACGCCCGACACCGAUGGCAAUCAUAUUUUAUGGGGAAACGGUUUGAAAAAGACUUUGCGAUGAUUCGAAAGACGUACGAGUAUCGACACAUCGACUCGAUAACGCGGAUAGCGAAAGCUCGCGCUUUCUAAUUCGACGACGCGAUUAACGCGAAGAACUGGUUCUCCGAGGUUGACGCGGUUAGCAACUAAAUGAAAACCAGUUUCUGCGAAAUGAAAUUGUUGUUUUCGGUAAUCGGUACUGGCACGGUCUUGCGCGCCAGUGGACCGUAUGUCGCGAAAAACAACUCGCACGCGAGCAAAUUUCAUUUCUCCGUUUUCGAGCCAUUUGGCGCCUGUACCUAGACGCGAUAAACGUAUUUUUUCUUUCGUCUAGAAACGUACACAAAAGUGCAUCGAUUACGUGACACGGUGAUCUAGAAGUUAUGAAAAAGACAACCGAGAGACAAUAGGAAGUCGUCGAAAUAUCAACGGUCACGAUACAAAAAAUACCAACGCGAAGAAAAAUCGAAUUUCUGCUAGCGUCACGCUAAAUAUCCUUUGUCCAGGGCCGAUAAUUAUCGAAGAAGAAAAAAUACCUGACAAGAGUGUACAGGCUCGUGCGGAAAACAAUAAAGUCUGCGCCCCAACCCCUGAAAUGCCAGCGUGACAAAGGGUGGUUAAGCCCUUCUCGACGAAGAUGCACCGUACGGCCGCCGAGCCCCUGAUAUCCCCGGUGCCAGACGUCGCAACGCGGCUGCAAUUGCAACGCGAACGUCGCUCUAGCGGAUUUCGGAACAUUUUUUCCUCCCGUUUCCCUCGUUGUUGCACGCUCGUCGGCGUCGUCCUCGUCUUGUUCCGUUCCAUCGAUAGAGAAAUAUAUCCGGUCUCUCUCUUGCGAUUAAUUGCCGAGACGAGAUCGGGCCAACGCACAGAGCUCUGCUCCCCUUCGCCUACCGUAAAUUAUCGAUUCCGAGACCUAACCUUUAACGAGAAAAAGCACAGCCGACGAACAGGAAGAGCAGAGUUCGUUCGAGAAACGUCGAAGCGUUAACGACCAUCGCGUCGCUACGCCGACGGUCUCCUCGACGCGGCAUCGACGGAUUCAAAUCAACGUUUCUCGUUCAGAGUUCCGCGGCGACUACCACCGAUUUAAAUUAGCGAGAAGAGAGAUCGAGAGAACACCGCGGUGAAAACUGUGAAAAAUCGACGAGUUCCCUUGCUCGCGGUUCGACAUCAAAAAUAGAAUCCUGGUGGAUCGAGAACUGUGUCCAGCGGCAGCCAGUCGACGCUCGUGAAUAAUCCCGACACGACGCCGUCGCGGUCCGAUCUAUUCUCGUGUCUGCGAACGAAUUAAACGAAUUGCCUACGAGCAAAUGUUGAAACGAUUCGAAUAGGUACAUUCCAGUACCGGAGAACGGAACGGUAGAGUCACCGAUAGUUUCCGAGUGUAAACACGUGGAAUUCGUCUCCGCGAACACUAGCGAUGGAUGUGGAAAUUGUGCCGAUCAUGGAGAACAACGCGAACAGAGUCGAGGGACUGCUCAGACACGGCAGUAGGGUACAAAUAGUUCGGAAGACACGAACGUCGCUGUUCAUUAUCAUGAGUUUCAUCUACGCGAAGCUGCUGGUGGUGGUGUGCAUCGCUUACGUGAUAAGCGAGGUGGUCACGCACAAGUUGCCGCUCUACUACUACGAGGGUUUCUUCACGUAUUUGUACGGGGUUAGCAUCUUGUUCCUCCUGUACGUCUUCUGCUUCCUACUGCAAGAAAGCGCUUGCUGCGCCAGAGGAAGCGAUUCGCCGCCGCCGCCUCCGCGGCCGCCAAAACCGCCCAAAGAGCCCAAAGACAAGAACAAGAAGAAAGACAAGAAGGACAAAGAGCAGAAGGCCGCCAAGGCCAAGAAAGAGUACCAGGAUGCGGCCGAUGUCGAGGCUGGAGUGGCCACUCGAGCUUUGCGAAAGCGAAAGACUUCGCAAAACGAUCAGAGCCAUGGAAGUUUCUUCUUGAGAAUCGGGGCAAUAGCUUUCGGCUUGGGUACCAUGGUCUACAACGGUUUAGAGUUCGGUACCUUCUUCGAGGUACCACCGACUUCACCGUGUUACCAAAUACUCCAAGGAGUCAAUCCGGUUCUACAGAUGAUCUUCACCUUUAUGCAAAUGUACUUUAUCUUCAUGAACUCAAGGCUAAACAUUCACCGCUUCAAAGUGAUUGCGCGUUUCGGCCUGAUGCACGUUGUCGCAACUAAUCUUUGCGUCUGGAUCCGCACCCUCGUAUUGGAGAGCAUCAAAGAGAUCACGAAGCACCAUCAGAAAAUGGGACAGUUCGAAGCAGGCAUACUCGAGAGCAUCAAGCAACACUCUAUGCGAAACGCUGCAGCCAUAUUGGGAACGGCGCCUCGGGAUCUGUCUCUUUUACGCGAAGCUCCAUUGACCGCCACGAGGUCGUCAACUUCACCUGCUUCGAUAGUUACAAGCACGACCGCCGCCUCGUUUGGUCGACUGAUGAGAACGACAUCGAGAGCGAUCGCGAGGGCCGUUACGACGCCGACGACGACAACUACGACCGACUGGAUCCCUCCGUCUACAACGACUACCACCACCUCCACCACCACCACCUCGACACCCUUGCCCAAUUUAACCGCGACAACGGCAACCACCUUGUCCACUCUCUUAACCUCGUUGAUUCCGAAAACGACCACCGAGGAACGGACCACUCCGACUACCACCGCUACCACCACUACCACCACUUCUACCACUACCGCCGCUACCACCACACCUUUGAAAAUGUUCUCGUCUUUCUUCUUGGAACAGUUCGAUGCUCCGCAGAUGGACAGCCAAGAGGAGGUGCAGCAACUGCUCGACGCGAGCAAUCGCACCAACAGCAGCGACUUCUGGAACAGCCCGCACUUUGGAGGCAUCGCGGCAGCCUUGACGGACGAGGAGAUCGCAUCGAAUUCGUGCGGCCGAGUCAACAUCAUGGGAACCAUAGUUCAAGACGCGGAACCGUAUCUGUUCCCGUUCAUCAUCGAGUACAGCCUGAUCGGGGCAGCGGUGAUUUACGUGAUGUGGAAACACAUCGGGCGACACCCGCGUUGGCCCCAUCAGGUGGAGGCCGAUCUGGAACGACGUCUCGAGGCCAUGCUGUCUCGUAGAGCCGUUGCUUUGGCCCACGCAGGUCACACAAGGGUGGACUGUGUAGGAGCGAGCAAAGGACUGUUCUUCGGCCUGCUGCUGUUGGUCGGCUCUCUGAUAUGCCUGAUUCUCUUCUUCGUGCUGAUCCAUCAUCCAGACUUCGGUCUCGUCGCUAUUUACCUGGCGGACGUGUCCCACUGCGUGCUGAUGGUGCUAUCGAUCGUGGCCAUAAUCGUCGGCUUCAUCCGAGUACAGAGCUUGAAAUUCAAGGCGGAAGAGCAGAGCGACCUGAACGACAUCUUGCUCCGCGUGUCUGGGUUCGGACUGUUCGUCUACGCGGUGUUUAGCGUGAUCGCUGGCUCGUUGGCGGCGUUCACCCACGAACCCAACCUGCUGGUGAUGCUGACCGGACUCUUGUCGGUCGCACAGGUGAUCCUUCAGAUGCUGUUCAUCGCGGACGUGUCCCGCAGGAGGGUCCACCUGCCCGAGCACGAUCGCAGCAAGCCAGGUCGACAGGUGGUCACUUUCCUGCUGAUCUGCAACCUGACCAUGUGGGUGAUCUACACGUUCGAGUCUCAGAAAGUGAUGGCGAACCCGGUGCAACUCGAUUUCUACGGAUUCCUCGCUUGGGCUAUCGUGCAGAGGGUUACUCUGCCGCUGUGCAUCUUUCAUAGGUUCCAUAGCGCGGUCACGUUCGCGGAGAUAUGGAAGACCAGCUACAAGGCGCGCCUCGAGUAGACGAUCAACAUCGGCCAACCUUUCGUCGGGAUCAAUGGUCCGGAGUGAUCGUCGCGAACAGAAUCGACAGAGAUCGAACGACGGGACCGAGGUUUCCUCUCGACGACUCGAACAUUCCUCGGCUACGCGAUCGACUUGGAAUCGAUCUCGAAUCUCUGUCGAACGCGACACCGAAUAGAGGAUACCAACAGGUAAGAGGAGGAUCCGAAGAUCGUUCGAGGAUCGUAGGAGAAUUCCGGGCCAGUUUGCACGUUCUUACGAAGCGUCCGAACCAGGACACUCGAGAGAUCACGAUCGAGUUUGCAAACAACACGAUCGACAACGAAGACGGGUUGAUCCGAUGGGUUCUCGUCGAGGAGAGAUCGGGAAGACGCAGGUAUCGAACUUGCGUCCACCAAGUCGAAGGUAUUCGCGAUGACAAACGCGAAGCCAGAGAGAAUCACGAAGCGUCGUUUUGUUCUUCUUCAUUUUUUUUUGUUUACACGCUUUCUGUUUGGUUCUCGGUUCUCUUUGCUUAGAGCAGCUUGGACGUUGCUUCCCUGAUCGGUAAUUGAGACGAGAGAGCACGAAUUGGGAGGGAACAGGUCGGAUUUACAAUCACCGAGAAACAAGAAUCAUCGAAUCGAGGUGACACGAAGCAAACGUUCAUGCGUCGCUACGACGAAAGAUUCGACGCGAUAUUAUACGUGCGAUACACCAAUUCGCAAAAAACAGGGCCCAUUUCCUUUCACCGCGUUUACUCACCUUUUACGAUCUUUAUAUACUGCCGCCAAAUUUUCUACUUUUAUAUAUUAUAUAUGUACCUUUGCCCCAUCGUGCAUCGAGAACAUCGUUGAAAAUAAUUCUCUAAGUAACGCUCUUCGAAGCGUCGAAACAUCUCUUUUCGAACGUCUCUCCUACCAAGGAUAUUCCAAACGACAUUCACCGAUUGUUGGAACAACGGUUCCGAAUCCAUAAGAUUUGCAGCUAGAAGAGAGAAAACGCCAAAGUCGAUUGCAAACGUUCUCGGAUAAACGAAGAAUGGACGGACUUCCGAAGGAAUCGCAUCGUUAGCGAACGAAUAGGUUCCGCGUUAGCUUUAGGAGGAAAGCCGUGAAAAGCUCUUUCUUAGCGGAAAGAGAAAACGAGAAGAGGCGGGCUCGAUGCAGGAACAGGGUACAAGUUUCGUUGCGCUGCGCGUUCAAGCAAGUCGACAUGAUGUACUUUUUUGGUCUCGCGAACGAUCUGUUUUGUUCUCGCGAGUAAGAGAAAUGGUGAAUGAGAGACGAAACCUGUCCGCUCGUUACCGGCGAAUCGGCGAAUCGAAAAUCGAAUCCGAACCGGAGAGGAAAAUCGCCGACAAACCGUAUCGUACGAUAAUGGAUGUCGGAUAGAGGUAUUCGACAAACUUAGGCCACGCGUUCGGUAGCUUAUUCCGAACAAAAAGAGUCGCUUACCUCGUAUUUAUAUUUUGCUCGGAAUGAUUCGAUAAACGCGUGGAAGAAAUUUGCUGAACAUCCCAACGGACAUCCUAUACGUAUUCUGAUGUUCUUUCUCGUCACGUGCUGCAAAGUACAAAAUCGUUUCUGACUUUUAGAAACUUUUAUCGAUACACUCUUUCGACGUCCGCGGAUAACGAAUGUUCGCGUACAAACGAAAGUGUCACGGAAACGAGAGGAUAGAGGCAGGAGAGACAAGUAAAACGUCGAUGAAGAGACGAACAAGUAGUAGUUGGUAUGAUCGUCGCGUAACGAACAGACGCGGAUCAUCGUGUAUAGAAGGUAGAGUACCUUUUUUCCAUUUUUUAUUUCAAAAAGCCCCAAACACCCAGGGGACAAUGAUGUACCACGGAUGUAGAUUUUAUCGCGAGAAUAACAGAUUAUAGGAAUAAGAAACGAAAAAUAUCGUAAACGGUUUUAAGAUGGACGAAACAAGAAGAUUAAAAGAUGAUGAAAUUAUAGCCGGCACACAGGUAGUGAAUCUCAUACGCACACAUUCACACACUCCCACACUCCCACACACACAGACACACGAGCCAUUCAUUCAAGAUAAUUAUUAUUACCAUUAUCGAUUAGCGUGUAAGCCUAUCCGAAAAACAGAAAAAAAAACAAAGCGAUAGAUCGACCUUUCGCGUUUACUUCGCUACGAAUGUCGUGCGAAAGUUUUUUCCAAUCGAACGUACAUACGUACCUAGCGUUUGGAGUCGAAAUAUUUUAAUUCUUAGACGUCUGUAUAGGUGAGAGUUGGGGGAGUGAACAGGAGCAGGAAAAAACAAGGGACGAAGUUGCGAAACUGAUAUACAUAAAAAGUAAACUAUACAUAAGUGUAAUCUGAAACAACAUUAUUGAAAACAAAGAAAUGGCAACACGAUAUAUGUAUAAAUAAAUUGAUAUAUAUAUAUAUAUAGAUAGAUAUAUAUAUACAUAUAUAUAAAUAUAAAUACGAAUACGGAGAUCUUUUAUUAAUUUUGAUGUGAGCAACUGUGAGAGAAACGAUGACGAGUGCAAAUAUGUAAAUAACGAUGCACAGAAUAUUAUUGUUCAGCAGAGCCUGUCUAUGAAAUGAAAGCGACUGCGUUGCGAGUACUGUCUUCGAGGAGGUCACGAUCGAAAGGGGUGCGUCCGUUUCCCUGAAAUUGUGAUUCUUAUCGAAAAUUCGAAACGGAGAGUGCAAGGGAAAGUCGCGAACCGUUGCAAAUUCCCUUUGUUAAUUCCGUCGUCGAAUAAACGAUCGCUAAUUUUGUUCGUUCAAGGUCGAUUAGCUAUAGUUCGCACCCCUUUGCCUCCCAGUCCCUCGUUUCGAGCACCAAAACCGCGAGACGAGUUCGUUGAUCUCAAAAUCAAAAAUAAAAUGCGGAGGGCUGAGUUUUUUCGCUGCUCCGCGACCGAGGAGAGCCUGACGCGUGAAAAAAUCCGUUCAAAGAAAACCUUAGUUAACGAGGCACUGCCACACAGGACCAACAAAAGUCGAACGCAAAAGGUAGCAGCCAAAGGACGAAAAAGAAGAGGAGACGAAGCGAGGAGGAGACAAAGCACGCGCAAAUGCAAAGAGGGAACCAAAUAUACCCUGCCAAUCACCGAACGUGUGAUAGAGCGAGAGAAAAUGAAAAUGUUUACCCUUCCAUGUUUACCGUGUGUGUGUGUGUGUGAGAGAGAGUGGGAGAGAGGGAGUGGGGGAGAGAGCGAGCGAGCGAGAGAGAGAGAGAGAGAGAGAGAGAGAGAGAGAGAGAGAGAGUGCGCGAGCGACGUGCGCGAGCGACGUGCGCGAGCGACGUGCGCGAGCGACGUGUUCGUUUUUAUUCGGCAAACAACGUCUUUGUAUACUCUGCCCGUGUACUAGAGAACAGUGGGAUCAUGGUUCUUGUAUAUGUACAUCAGUAUCUCGAUAGUAGCCGUAAGCCUAUCCAAUGAGUCGCGGAUUUGCUGAGAAUUUUGCGCGAACGUUCGAUGCUCGAAUGCUUUACAUGGGAGAAUCGGAAGAAAAUCGAAAUUCGUCCAAUUGCUUUACCGUGAACUGUACGAUUCCGAGUCGCGCUGAAAAACGACGGACAAAAGUCGAGAAAAGAAGGCAAAUCCGCGACGCGUCGUCGUCAUUUAAACAUUACGUAGUGAGUUUUCGAUGUCUUCGAGCAUAAUUACAGUUUGUACACAUUACACAAUACGCGCGCACAACCGACAUACUUCGCGGCUCCGUCGAAUCGACAGGAUAACACUGGAGAACGGAGAUCUCGCGAGAGCGAGAAACACUUAGGACGCUGGGUUCAGAAUGCAGGACACAAUGGAUAAAACUCUUUACAAAUUUACAUAUUGUCGUGUAAGCAGUUUUUCGAAGUCGAGUAGCGACGAUACGAACCGUAAAACUCGUAAAUUCGCUCGUUCAUCGAUUCCCAUUUUGAUUGUAUAACGUUAACACGUCGUUUCAUUGUAAUCCGUUGGGGCGGCACGCUACGGUGCCGCCGUAAUUUGUAACGAUAUACGAUUAUAUUGGUUAAUAAAAGUUAUCUAGAUGUA